UCAUUGAUAGUCGCGGUUGCCCGGUUUUCACGCGGAUAAAUUUCGUCUCGUCGUCGCCUCAGGCCCUGUCGUCUAUCCCCCACCGUUGCUGCUGCUCCGUGAAACAGAAAUUGGUCGAGAAAAGCAGCGUAAGACAAAUCCAAGUGCGCGUCUCGCGAGGUCAAGAAAGUCGGCAGUCAGUCACCUGGACCGGUGAUAACAGAGCGAGCUCCAACGUGAAAUCGAUCAACGACGGCGAUGCCGAUGACGCGGCACUGAGGUCGUUGAGAGGUGACUGGAAAACCUACUCGCGGCUCCGCGGACUCACCAUCGAGGUAUCCAGCCGGGUCACACACGAGGAUCAUGAAAAUGGUGCUGUCUCAACGUCAGAGGGAGGAGCUAAAUAAGGCGAUUGCAGAUUAUCUUAGCACUAAUGGCUAUCAAGAUGCAUUGGAGGCAUUUAAAAAGGAAGCCGAUAUGCCAGGAGAAGUGGAGAGGAAGUACGGCGGCCUUUUGGAGAAAAAGUGGACCUCGGUCAUACGAUUGCAAAAGAAGGUAAUGGAAUUGGAAUCUAAACUUUCCGAGGCUGAAAAAGAGUUCAUAGAAGGCGCACCGACGCGUGGUAAGAGAUCGCCGUCCGAAUGGAUACCGAGGCCGCCGGAAAAGUUCAGUCUGACCGGACACAGAGCCCCCAUCAAUAGAGUUAUUUUUCAUCCCGUUUUUAGUCUCGUAGUAUCCGCUAGUGAAGAUGCCACUAUUAAGGUAUGGGACUUUGAGAGUGGCGAUUUCGAAAGAACGCUAAAAGGCCACACCGACAGUGUACAGGACAUCGCGUUCGACGCUUCGGGCAAACUGCUCGCUUCCUGUAGCGCAGACAUGUCCAUCAAGCUGUGGGACUUCCACCAGUCGUUCGCCUGCGUCAAGACCAUGCACGGUCACGAUCAUAACGUCAACUCGGUCGCGUUUAUGCCACAAGGUGACUUCGUAGUGAGCGCUUCUAGGGAUAAAACUAUCAAGAUCUGGGAGGUGGCGACGGGCUAUUGCGUAAAGACGCUCACCGGGCAUAGAGAGUGGGUGAGAAUGGCGCGAAUUAGUCCGUGCGGCGAACUUAUCGCCAGCUGCUCAAACGAUCAGACUGUACGAGUAUGGCACGUAGCGACGAAAGAGACAAAGGUCGAAUUCAGAGAACAUGAACAUGUGGUCGAGUGCAUCGCAUGGGCGCCGGAGAGUGCGAGAGCGUCGAUCAAUGCGGCGGCCGGAGCGGACAACAAGGGCGCGCACGAGGGGCCCUUCCUCGCGUCCGGCUCUCGGGAUAAGACGAUUCGCGUGUGGGACAUCGCCGCCGGGGUGUGCCUCUUCACCCUCAUCGGACACGACAACUGGGUGCGAUGCAUCGUCUUCCAUCCUGGCGGCAAGUUUAUCGUCAGCGCGUCCGACGAUAAAACGCUACGAGUCUGGGAUACGCGCAACAAACGAGUGAUGAAGACUCUCGAAGCGCACGUUCACUUCUGCACUUCUGUCGAUUUCCACAAGAAUCAUCCUUACGUGGUCACCGGGAGCGUCGAUCAAACGGUGAAGAUCUGGGAGUGCCGCUAGUCACCGAAUUUUAGAUUUUCCGUCAGACAUCGCGAACGGAAGAGAAGGGAAGUAUGAAAAAGAGAGAAAAGACGAAUGCGCGUCCAUUUUAAUGGAAUCGGCCGAAAGAGUAAGCUGCUACAAAAGCUAUCGUACAUAUGCUAUUAAUAUUAAUAUUAUUAUUAUUAUUAUUAUACAUAAACUACACACAUAAACACGUAUGAUUAAGAACUCUUUAAUUAAUUUAUAAUAAAGUAUAAUUAGUAAUUAUAUUACAAUACAUCGUUUUACGGCAAUGAACUGCACUAUUCGAGGAGAGUGAACCGAAAGACGGUCAUAAGGUUCAAAUGAUCAAGAGGACGCUCCCACGAGUUCGCAUUACGGAUUAUCUACGGAC